CGAGGUUCCUUCCCCAGAUCAUGGGCAAAGUGUUGUUGGAAGUCCGCCAUCUACGCCUCAUACCCGCCUCUCCGUUAUUAUCAUCAUAAUCGGCUCUCGGCCUUGUUGCCAGGUAGUCCUAUCCAAGAUGUACUCAGCCGCUCUUUGGCGUCAGCGGCCAAGGCUCAAUACGGCUCCUUCUAUUAGCCCAGCCUCGUAGACCCGUUCAUGAUGUUUACUCCUAACAUCAUGAACUUGUAGAUAUAAGAAUGGCCGGUGAUCGCCACUUCAAGAUAAAUUCCCAUCAGCAUCACAAACCAUCCAUCUCUAAUACUUACUACCUAAUCAACUCUCAUAAUCUCAAUCUCCUCGUCUCAUUUCAUAGCACCUUCGCUACUCUAUAAUCAACUUUUCUUCAUUUUCAUUCCAACUUAAUAAUAUCCAAUAUUACCUUCGGUAAUCCUUAAUCAAUAACAAUGUCUCCCAUCGCUAAGACCGCCGCCUCUCUAGCCUGCUUCGCUGCAGUUGCUUUAGCUGCUCCCGCUCUCUCCCGCCGCGGUGAGACGGACUGCGCUCCCGGCAAGGUCUUCUACUCAUGUGCCAACGGCUACCGAGGCUGCUUUGAGCAAGACCCCUGCGCUCUACCUCCCGUCGCCACCACCUCAAUUCCCGUCACUUUCAUCACCACGCCUACUGCUACUCCCACUCCUACUCCCAGCGCCUGCUCCACCGGCAAGAUCUGGCAACCCACCAUGUACAACCUGUACCCAGGCGAGCCCGACAAGGCCGAGGACGCCAGCUCCGACAUCAACGUCGGCACCGACGGCGACGCGCCCGAAGUCCGGCAAGCAAUCGUAUUCCACGGCAUCCCCUCUAGCGCCACCAAGUGCACACUAAGCUGGUCGCAAGCCGCCGAGAACGAGCGUCACUUCACAGUCGACGGCAGCGGCUUCACCGCCGCACAAGCCCUCUCCGGCUUCCCCGAUGAAAGCUCACCCGUGUCCUACUCCAGCGUCGACGCCUUCCUAGCCGCCGAUGCUAAGACCUUCCACCCAGACUUUACCUUCUGGGACAAGCAAUCCAAAGACGCCUUCAACCACCCCGGCGGCGACUUCGACUGCACCUCCGACAUGUACUUCAAGCUGUCCCUCAACGCUACUGCCAACGGCGCGGGCCACGUGUACUUCGAGCAGGACACCAAGAACGGGUUCUACAUCAACUACGAGUGCUAAACGACAUGACUCUACCUACGAUAUUAUUAUUAUUCUUUUUCUCUUCGACAUGAUAGAUAUUAGGGAUUCGGGUUUAUUUGCAUCAGCGAUUGAUUUUUUUAAGCGAUUUGUUGGCAUUUGCAUGGCGUUGAUUUAGAAACUGAAUGGGAUUUAGAGGGUUAGCAUUUGUUUGGCUGGGAAGAGUCUGAUUUAAUAUGUAAAAAAUAAUAAAACCCAUAUCGCUCAAAAA